AUGCUCAGACAGGUGCCGGUUGAAAAGGUUGAUCCCAAAGAGGAGACGACCACAUCCCUGCCGCAGGAGCGUCUUGUCCCUGCCCCGGAGUUGACCUCUGGGGCGGAAUGGCCAUGGAAGAAGGUGGGUGGGAGCCCGGCUGCAGAAAGCACAAAUGUCGAGGUGGUGGAGGGUCCGCUGACCUUCCAGAAGGCCCUUUGGGACCGGUUUGACUUUGUGUGGAAGCAAAGGGUUGAACCAUCUCAAGGACAGCUUCAGAAGCUGUGUGAUGUUCUGAAGGCGCGUGCAGAUUUGGAGCGGAAGUACGGCGAGAGCCUGCUGGGCCUUGGGGAGACCUUCAACCCAGAGCCAGGACAGAGGGCGUUGGAGGGACAAAAGGUGAACUUCCGGAAUCGGGGAGAGCAAUCCAUCGCCCUGGCCGACGAGUUGGAGCAGGACAUCAUCGUCAGCUUCGAGUGCGUGAUCAAGCAACACAACGAGGUGUCGAAACGAAUCUACUCAGACGUCCAGCUGCUGCUGAAGCACUUGCAGGACAAAAAGAAAGCCCAUGACAAGUCGGCCAGAAGAUAUGGAUCGCGCUGCGUGGAAGCCGAAAGCACUUCACAGGACUGCCUGCAGGCCGUGUCCAUGAAGACGCCGGAGAGACUCAAGUUGGCGCAGCAGGCGACCAUCCUGAGCAAGCAAGCCAGAGUCGCUGAAUACGACUACUACCAUGCCAUCGAUCAGGUCCCCGUGAACAUCGAUCCAAGCCACCUAGCUGCCAUGCCGACGCUUCGCUUGGAGCUCGGAUCGCCCUUGCUUAUGACAGCAUUAAACUGGCUCAAGGAGGAGGGCUUGGUGCUGGAUGAAGAGAAGUUGGAGUCCUUCGAGCUGAUCGGGUGGAAUAGCCUUCAGCUGGAUCUCUUUGUGGAAGAUGUGACGAAGAAGCAAGAGCUGCGGCUGCACGACUUUCAGGAUCCCCACCAUCCCGCGCGCCAUCGGGUCCAGGUGGAUUUGGGUGACGAAUUGGAUGCGCAGAUGGUGGACGAUCUGCUUCUGGCGCUGCAGUCCGACACCGCGGUCACGGAGCUUCACCUGGGAGCUGACGAGCAGGGCGCCCUUUGGCCUCGACUGGACCGACUCGCCACGUCCUCGCUACAUGUUUUGGAGCUCCGAGGCCGAGUGCCCAAGGAGGUCCCAGGCAGCUUGGCCCAGCUGCUGCAGAGCGAAUCCUUGCAAAGCCUGCGCCUGCCUGGUAUCGGCCUGGGAUGUAAGGGAGCGGCCCUUUUGGCCGUCGGCUUGCGGCAGAACGACUUCCUUUUGGACCUGGACCUGCGCCGCAAUGCUGGGCUGCCAGGGUGA